AACUUCAACGUGUUAGUUGUAUCACGAAGGAAGAAUUUACAAAGCCCUAGUUAUUUAUACAGUAAAAUUCCGAAUCUCAGGUUUUUGCUACACGGCGAUCUUGACCAGACCUCUAUGAUUUCGAUGAUCAACUGACCAACAUUUGCAUUCUAGUUCCCAUUUCUGCAUCAUCAACCAAUGGCUUUGACUGCUAGUCAAUUAGCAACAGGGGCCAACUGUCUGCAAACAAAUGUUGAUAAUUUGGGUUUUAAUGCAACAUCAAGAAAACGUUAUUGGAGUUUACUGCUUAAGCGUGAUGGAUUUCGUAAGCUAUUACCGAGAACCAACUGGCAACUGCAAAUAAGUAUGACCGGAACGGCUAAUCAUUGUUCUGCACUUUGUGAUACACUCACAUCGUCUACACCGACCGACAGUUAUGAACCGUUUAGGACAAAUGAAUCAACUUUGAUUAUAGUUCGCCACGGAGAAUCAAUGUGGAAUGAAAAGAAUCUGUUUACUGGUUGUGUUGAUGUGCCCCUGACAAAAAAAGGUGUGGAAGAAGCAAUAGAAGCCGGCAAGAGACUCAGUACCAUGCCACUUGACAUUGUGUACACGUCAGCAUUGGUUCGUUCUCAAAUGACAGCGAUGCUUACCCUUACCCAACACUGCUGCCAGAAGGUUCCUAUAAUCAUUCACAAAGAGAAUGAAGAAGCCGAGAUUUGGAGUCAAAUCUACAGUGAAGACACCAAAAAUCAGUCUAUUCCGGUUGUUAAAGCAUGGCAAUUAAAUGAGAGAAUGUAUGGUGACCUUCAAGGUCUUAACAAGCAAGAAACUGCUGAAGUAUUUGGUAAAGAGCAAGUUUUAAGGUGGCGUAGAACUUAUGAAGUUCGCCCCCCGAAUGGUGAAAGCUUAGAAAUGUGCUUGCAAAGAGCCGUUACCUACUUUAAAGAAAAUAUAGAACCGCAACUUAUGGCGGGAAAGCAUGUGAUGGUCGUUGCACAUGCGAAUUCCCUGAGGUCUAUUAUCAUGUAUCUUGAUAAUCUAAGUCCUCAAGAGGUAAUCAACUUGGAGCUAUCUACUGGGGUGCCGAUGUUAUACAUAUAUAAAGACGGAAAAUUCAUCAGAAGGGGAAGUCCUCCAGGAACAAAGGAGGCUGGUGUUUAUGCUUAUACUUGGAAUUUGGCCCUUUAUAAGGAUCUGAUGCUGCAAAGAAUGUUGACCAAGUUAUAAGUUGAAUGUGGCUGCUGCAAGGAACCUUUUAAGUUUUUAAAUCCGCUCGGAUCGUUGAAAGAAUUACUGUAUCUGGCAUCCCGCGUGAGAAACAUUGAUUUGCUAUUAACUUUAUAUUUUUUAUUAUAAUUAUAUAUCUUGAGCAUAUAAUUAUAAAACUGUGGAUCAUUUGUAAGUUGUAACUCUGUAUAUUGGCAAAAGUAUUAGAAUGUUGAAAAAAAAAGUUUUAAGGUUUUUAUUUGAUC